GUGGCAGCAGUGGCGGCGGCGGCGGUAGCAGCAGGGACAGCGAGGACAGCUUUGGCGGAAGCGGAGGCGCGUGCGAAGGCGCGGCAGUAGAGCUGCGGCGCCUGCUCAUGGCCAUGACGUAUUUGCUGAACAUCCUCAAUGUUGUCAGCGUUGGAUCGUCGCGCGAAUACCAGGAAGCUGCGGUCUCCGAACUGGCUACUGCGCUUGCUCAGAGCCAAGUGUUGGAGCACGCCGCGGCGGCGCUGCUGCGGCUGGCAGAUCACCUGCACACGCUGCCUGCCCCGGCUGCGGCGGCGGCCGGUGGCGACAGGGGCGGCGUCGAUGGGGGCAGCGGCGGCGCUGAUAGCAGCACCAGCGGCGCCGGAGGCGGGAGCGGCGGCUCGGCCGGGCGGCGCUCGCACCCGGUCCACCCCCCCGGAAACAUAGCCGUCCGCUCACCACCUGACCUUGCAGCCACGGCGGAGGAGCUGUGGGGCCUUCACCAGCACGCGUCAGAAAGUUUGCUGUGCGUGAUCCAUGGUUUGGUCGCGGGCGCGUACCGCCCCUGGGAGUAUCUCAGCGCCAGUGUGGACCGGCAUCCGCAGCUCGGCCCGAUCGGCGAUUUUGCCCGCGCCACAGGACUAGACCCAGUGGCAAUGGCAGAUGACUUUCGCCGGGUGGUGGUCGGACCCGCCGUCCAGCUGUUCCUUCUGGCAUGCGUUGCGACCGCUGGUGCAAGUCCACAGCUGCUCACGGCCGAGCCAAUCCAAAUCCAAAUCCAAGUGCAGUCCCAGCAGCCGCAGCCGCCGGCGCUGCAGCUGAGGUGGACAAACCGCCCGCUGCAGCGGCACAAAAUGAUUGGGGCUACUGGUAAGGGGCCGUCCACCUUGGCAGCAGGUCUGCAGGCGGCUGCGCUGGCGCUGCAGGCGACGGUGAUGGGCGCCGGGCACGUGCUGCCGUUUGCGCAGCCGCCGUACGGACAUCAACCCGGUGCGCAUCCCCGGCAGCGCCCGGCGCACCUGUCCCCCUUCACCUCCUCGCCAGUGUGUGUGUUUGACAUUGUGGCACGUACCUGCGACGCGGUGCUGGCUUCGGUGCUCGGGGACUCGGCGGCAACAGCUGCUGGCGGCAGUAGCAGCGCCGGCGCCAGUAGCAAUGCAGGUGGCGGCAGCGGCGGUGGUGGCAGCUACAGCGAUGACGGCGUUGGCAGGAAGGUCCAUAGCAUUUUGCACCCCCUGCGACUGCUGGUGCGGCUGCUGCCGGAGCUGCGGCCGCGUCAGGCGGCGGCGCGGCUGCCGGGACUGUGGCGGCUGCUUGCGGCAGUGCUGCCGCUGCUGCUCGCAGUGCCCCCCCAACAAGAUCUCGUGCUUGACAGUGUCAGCCUGGUAAACGAUGCAAGCCUGCUAUUGCGGCUGCGACUGAACGAAUUUGGAGUGGUCCUGCCGCCGCCAGAAUGGCUGCCGCGGCAGUCGCCAGUGCCGGUGCAGCAGCCGCGGGAAGGUACACACGGCGACAGCAGCGCGGAUCCUGAUGCACCAUCCAAGGCGCAUGCAGGAGCAACAGCAGCAGGCGGCUACAGCGACAGCCUUUGGUUUGCUCUGGACGCGGGGCUGCUGCCGGCGCUGGAGCAGCUGCUGCGAACGGCCUUUGCCGCCCACGCGGCGGAGGAAAGAGCAGGUGCGCCGGCAGCGGCGGGGGCAGGCACAGUGGCGGUGGCAGCAGGCGCACAGGCAGCGGCAAGCUCAGCAGCGGCUGCAGGCACAGCAGGGGCAGCAGAGCCAGUGGGGAUGUCAGGCUCUCGGAGCAGGGCUGAGGAGCGCGUAAUGGCGGCGAUGUACAUCGCCGGCUCCCUGCUGCUUGCUUCAGGCGUGUUUCCGGCGGUGCUGACGCACGCGAACAUGAGCGAGGUGGUGCCUUUGCUGGCGACCCUGUGCGGCGUGCUGCGGCAGCUGGCCACCCCGGGUGGCGACGUGAAGCUCCACUCUGUACCGCGCCUGGGUGUUGCGGUGGCCCUGCGCAAGCAGGACGUGCAGGCCUCCGCGGCGUGUUACUGGAAGCUGGUGUUGGGGUCCUUGAUCGAGCAGGUGCAAAGCGUGUUGGAUGCGGCUGGAGAGGAGGGCACAGGCCUGGCAACUGCGGAGUCCCAGCAGCAGCAGGCACAGCAGCCGGAGCAACAGCCGGCCGGUGCUCCAGCGGAUGCUCAGGCCGCCGCUACUGCUUCUGCUGCUACAGCUGCUACUGCCCGCAACACCGUCCCAGAUGGCGGCGACGAGCCGCCCACCAUCAACAAGUGGCUACAGCCGGCUCACGUCAGCCGCGCCUGGAUGCUGGCGGCAGCGGCGGGGGGGCUGCCGGUACCCCGCUCGUGGGAGUGGAAGUGGUUGGCAUCGCUGAGCGGCAUGUUCGCACUCUGGGCGCUGCCGGCGAUAUGCACCACGGCGCCGGAUGCCAAACUGGCCAUGCCCAUCGCAGCGCUGGACGUUGCCAUGUCCUUGCUGUCAGCACAGCUCCACGCGCAAAGGAGCCUGCUGGUGGCGUUCAUGAGGUACAACACGGUCGCUACUGCCCUGCAGGCCGGGGUUGACGCUGGCGGCACACCUGCCAGCAGUAGCAGCGGCGGAGGCAGCCACCGCGAUCGGAAGGGCGAGCGGCGGGAGUUGUACACACUAGCGCACCAGCAAGAGGCGCUGGCGAACUUGCAUGAGUGGAUAGCUUAUUGCCAGUCGACCGGCACGGUCCUUCUAUAUGCGGAGUGUGUUGCGCAUGUGCGACGUGCUGCCAUGAUCGGCGACGUGUACAACGGACGCCGUGGGGUGCACGCAAGCGGUGGCCCGCCAGAGGUGGCGGUGCAUCCUGCUGUACACGGAGGCGCAUUGUCGCCAGCGGCGGCGGCUGCGGGCGCAUCGAGACGACCCGCGCCCGCGGUGGCGGCAGCGGCAGCGGCUGAAGUUUGCGAGCAGCAUGCCAGUGCGACGACGGCAGCUGCAGCUUGCAAGGGCCACACGGGUGCCGGCGCCGGUGCCGGCGGCAGCAGCAGCAGGGGCGUCGGCGGGAGCGGCGCCGGUAGCAGCGGUGGCAGCAGUGCGAUGCCUAGCUUGUCCAUCGGCGGUCCCGUGCGGCACCUGUCGGAUGGUGAGCAGCAGGCGGUGGCGCGGGCGAUGCUGGAUGUCCUCGAGGUGGAGGCGGCGUGCCUGCCGUGGAUGCGACUCGGCAAGAUAUCCCAUGACUGCCCCGAGCACCGCCUGCCCUUCCUGAUGAUGCCGCCUGAUGCCCUGGAGCUCCUCGACCGCGGUGAUGAGCGGCCCUGGCUGAAGCCGUUCCUGCUGCCGGGCCCGAAUGACGGGACCUGGGGCCGGCUGUGGCUAAAGGUGGCGGCGCCGCCGCGGCCGCUGACGUCGGAGGAGGUGGCGGCUGCGUCGGCGGCAUAUCCGGAGCUGGUCAGGCAGGUGUGUGCGCGGCACAUGCCAAGUAACUGCGACCAGUCGUUCUCGACGCAGAUACCCGGGCGGCUUGCGUGUGGCUUCUUGGAGUGCGACAGCCAGCAGCUUGCGGGGCACGAGGCGGACCUGGACGAGGCGGCGCAGGCAGACGAGGGCUGUGCGGGUGGUGGCGCGAACGGCAGCGCGGGUGGCAGCGGGGGCGCGGGUGGCAGUGGCGAUGGCAGCCAUCGCGCGUCGUGGGGCGCGGCGGCGGCGGCGGCCGCGGCUGCCCCGAGGAUCUGCGGCAAUCCCGCCUGUCGCAACCUGGACGGCCCCAGCGCGCUCAUCCCGCCCGGGGCAGGGAAGACGUGUGCGCGCUGCCGCAUGGUCACCUACUGCUGCGGCGCGUGCCAGCUGGCGCACUGGCGCGAGGGGCGCCAUGGAGAGGUCUGCCCGCUCCUGGCUCAGCUGCGGCAGCUGCGGGAGCGGAGCAGCGCUGCGCCGGGCGAGGGUGAAGCGGCGGCGGAGGGGGUCGCUGAACAAGCGUCACGCUGAGGCAGCCUCCUGUAGGAGAUAGAGCAAUGGGGCGGGAAGGCCCGAUAAAUGCUAUCUGAAAUGUUUUGGGGUUGCAGCUUGGAGGGAAUUCGGUGUGCUCUUGAGGUGCUUGAGUUGUUGUCAUCUGUGUCUGAGUGUCAUGUUCGUCUGCAUACGUGCCAUGGCGAUAGGGCACUGCCGGUGCGAAGCGGCUGAGGGGCCCUGCACGAAGUCGUGGCAGGCACAGGCGCAGGGUAGAGGCGUGUGGUAGGGGUGUGCGGAGACGUUUGAGCUCACGGCUUCCGCGGAAGUAGUACAAGCGUUACUAGGGAGUGACAUGUAGCGAUUACACAUGAAGGAACGCAUGUACGGGUGCAUGUCAAGGGUGGCGGACGUGUGUGUGAGUUUGUGUGUGGGCAUGUUCAACCGGGGAUGGUGGCGGCACAGGGCAUCUGCCGUUUUUGUACAACGCUAUUGCACAUGACAUUCACUGCUGUAAUAAAUGAACAUU